AAAAAAUAGCAGCUUUCACCGCCAAUUCUUUCUCUUCUUUUCCCUCAAAUUGGUGAAACCCUAAUCCGAGCGUAAACAGGAGAAUAUCUCAGGGAAAGAUAGAGUUCGGUGAUUCGCAUUUCGGAAUGGAAGAAUGUGGUGGGGCUGUCGGUUUGGGUAUGAAUGACGGCAUAAGCAGCAGGAUUAACAAUUCUUUGAAUAUGGAGCCUUCGACUUCAUCUUCAAUACCAAUUAACUCCUCAAAUAUCGGGUUUCAGCUAUUGAAGAAGCAUGGUUGGAAAGAAGGCACAGGCCUGGGAAUUUCUGAACAGGGCAGGCUGGAACCUGUAGAGGCUUAUGUGAAGAAGAAUAAGCGAGGAUUGGGAGCAGAUAAAGUUAAAAAGGCAAAAGAGAAGUCAAAAUGUGUUGACAAGCAUUCUGAUGAUAAUGAGAAUGAUAAGCCACCACUUAAAAGGACGACUAAGCGUAUGACAAAGAAGAUGAAGAAAUUGCAAGAAUUGGAGAAACGCUUAAAAGAGAAGGAAUUUGAGCGAGCUUUCUACAGGGAGUUCUGGCCAGAUAAUGUCUGACUCACAUAACUUCCAUGAAAUGCUUCGAAGGUUUUAGAAUGUUAUUUGAAGUUUCCACUGUGAUCUUGAAGCUGAAGGAAAUGAAAUGCUUCAAGUCUUGAUUCUUUAUACUUCUAUGCUACAAAUACAUUAGAUCUCUAGCGUCCUCUGUCUUACAUGCAUGGGAAGAUUUUUUUUGAAGUUCCUAUUGUAGUUGCAAAUAUGAAAAGCUUUGUCCCAUUCUUGCCAAUCGUUGGAUAGAACACUUUACUCAUGUGUAGUGUAAAUUCAUAAUUCAAAAGAAUCGUAGUUUCAGUCUUUCAUAUGAUA